AUGAGUCGGAGAAACGGCGAUGGAGGCAAUAGAAAUCCAAAACUUGAUUUGAAGUUGCAUCUUUCACCACCUAGAGCUCAUCUACCAAUGAGUGAAUCACAAAACCAAUUGGUGUCUCCUACGAGCUCGUGUUUGUCUUCGGAGCUUGCUUUUAAUGAAACGGGCAUCCAAUACUCAACGAGCCCAGAGGCCACGUCUAUGAUGUUGGUUGGAUGUCCUCGAUGCCUUAUGUAUAUUAUGCUUGCUGAUGGCUGCCCUAAGUGUCCUAAAUGCAAAAGUACUGUUUUACUUGACGUUGUUCAUGACAACGUCAAGAAAACGGAUAAGAGUUAG